CGUAGCAGCGCCAGUCGGCGGCUUCCCGGUGUCACCGUCUCCAGCUACCGCCUCAGCCGCAGGACAGGCAACGCGCAGCUGCCACCGCCGCCGCGUCGCUGCGAAACAAGAAACAGAAGAACGCGCAACCACAAUGAUCAAAGUGGACGAGGAGGAUCCCAUAGGAGAGGUGGAGCCGAGCUUCCCGUACCGCGACGUGCAGAUCCGACGCGGCGUCGACAUCCGGGAUCUCUACGACCUUCAGGAAGAAAUUGGCAGGGGUAAGUUCGGCACAGUGUACCGCUGCCGCGAGAAAGGCACUGGUCUCCGACUGGCGGCCAAAAUGGUGUCCACACCCAAGCGCGAAGACCGCCGCAAUGUGGAGCGAGAGGUGGACGUUAUGCGCGUGCUGCAGCACCCCAGGCUCAUUCAGCUCUACGAUGCCUUCGACAACGGCAAGACCAUGUGCGUCGUGCUGGAGCUUAUUGAAGGAGGUGAACUUUUUGAAAGAGUCAUCGAUGAUGAUUUCAUCCUCACAGAGAAGUCCUGCACCGUUUUUAUGAGACAAAUAUGCGAAGGCAUGGAGUUCAUACACUCCAAACAAAUUCUGCAUUUAGACAUGAAGCCAGAAAACAUAUUGUGCCUCACAAAAACUGGAAACAGAAUAAAAAUAAUUGAUUUCGGACUAGCCAGAAAGUUCGAUCCAAGCAAGAAACUGCAAGUUCUGUUCGGGACACCAGAAUUUGUUGCUCCUGAAGUUGUGAAUUUUGACCAGAUUGGAUUCGGCACUGACAUGUGGUCGAUUGGAGUUAUUUGCUACGUACUGUUAUCUGGCCUGUCUCCGUUUAUGGGGGACACUGACGUGGAGACGAUGGCAAACGUGACCAUAGCCAAAUAUGACUUCGACGAUGAGGCCUUCAAUGAAAUCUCCGACGACGCAAAGGACUUCAUAGAAAAGCUGCUCGUUAAGGACAUAGAGGGGCGCAUGUCGGCCUCCCAGUGCCUAGCGCACCCCUGGCUCAAGAGAAAGCCUCCCGCCCCUCCUCCACCGCCGGAGGAGCUAGACCUGAGCAAAGAUAACUUGCGCGUGUUCGUGGAGCGCUGGAACGAGCACCCCAACAGCCCGUACCUGUUCGACGGCUGCGGUCAGAUGAUCAUGCCGCUGGCGAGCAGCUCGCUGCAGACGGUGGCGUCGCACACGUCGCUGGGGGGGCUGUCGCCGUCGCCGCCGGGCUCCCUCACCUCCUACUCCUCGUACACCUCCUCGCUGUCGUCCUCGCCCGACUCGGUGCUCGAGCAGCAGCAGCAGGUGGCGCCGGGGCAGCGCCGGCCGUCGGCGCCCACGGUGGUGGGCACUCCUCCUUCCAGGGUGCGCCACUUCGAGCCGGCAGUGCCCGCCCAGGGCCGCUACCACCUGGAGCGCCUGCAGACGCUGGAGCGCCGCGCCUCCGAGGGCUGCGCGGUGGCGGCGAGGCGCGACUCCGGGCCGGCGCUGCCGCAGGUGCCCGCGCCCGGAGCGGUCAACCUCGCGGACGAGAUCCGCAAGCUGUCCGACAAGCUGUACGAGAUGGCGUCGCUGCUGUCGCCGCCGUCGACGCUGCCGCCGGCGGCCGACGUGGCCAACAACAACGUGCCCGCUCCGGCCGAGCUGCCCCCGCCGCCCCCGUUCCUGCAGGGCCCCCGGCAGCCGGCGGACAGCCCCCCGGCGUGGCGGCGUCAGGCCGGCAAGCACCGCGUCUCCAACCUCAACCGCGACGUGCCUCGCGCACUGCCAGACCCCCUGCACAACCCCCCGGACCUGCUCCAGCACCUGGUGGUGGCCGAGUGGCGCAGUGACGAGCGCACCCUGGUGCGGCGCGAGUCCUCGACCGCCGGCACCACCACCACCACCAGCACCACCACCACCGGCAGCUGCGCGACGCAGAGGCGGCAGCGCGCCCAGUUCCCAGUCCAGUGAGCCCCAGCUGUUGCUUGUUCCGCAGAAGGCGCAUGACGGCGGCCCAGGCGCUGCGCCACAAGUGGCUGCAGGGAGUCGCCGCUGUCACUCAGCUGUCCACGGCUAAACUCAAGCGCUACGUCAUCAAGAAGCGCUGGAUCAAGGCCGUCAACACCAUCAUCGCGCUGCGCAGGAUGGGCGCCAAGCUGGAGCCCGACGACGCCGGAGCCGCGUGAGGCGGCCGCCUCCUCGCCCCCUGGCGACCGGACUGCCGCAUCCUCAGCGGUGUGCAAUGCACUCCGGCUGCUGCAGCGUCUGUCACAAGCCGCCCCUCACCUCGACCCCCUUUAAGCCUCAACUCUUAAUUUCCACGGUGAUGGAAGAUUUUGGGAAGUUCCUCUUAGUUCUGUCGCACUUGUCUCGAGCCUGAAUUUCACGAUCCUGUAAUUUCUGUAGUGAUGGAAUAUCAGUGGAGCUACUCCUCACUUUAUCUCCCUUUAAAGCAUAUGCUAAGCAUAAAUUCUACAGUCUUGUAGAUUCUCUAAUGAUAGAGCAUAACAUGAAGCUAUUUCUCACCAUGUUGCCCGUUUAAACCUAUAUUAAGCCUGAAUUUCGAUACUGAUGAAAAAUGGAAGACAGUCUCUCCUUGCCUCACCGCUUUUUUAUAGCCUACGUUAAGCCUGAAUUUCUAGUAUUGUGCGAAGGGCGUUCACGACGGUUCAGUCCCGCGUCCGGCCAUCCUGAUUUAGGUUUUCCGUGAUUUCCCUAAAUCGCUCCAGGCAAAUGCUGGGAUGGCUCCUUUCAAAGGGCACGACCGACUUUCUUCCCCAUCCUUCCCUAAUCCGAUGAGACCGAUGACCUCGCUGUUUGGUCUCUUCCCUCAAACAGCCCAAUCCUUUCGAAGUUAGUAAUACAACACAAUUUUUUUUUCUAAAAGCAAGUUAAUUUUUUUCUAUAUUCCAGUACACCAUAUUUCCCAUUCUUUUGACUAAAGAAAUCUAUUUUUAAACUAUCUCCAUUGGAUGUGACCGCAUUGUGCUAUCUUACAGCCACACAGGGUAGCUGUGUGGUCUGAGGCGCCUUGUCACGGUUCGCGCGGCUGCUCCCCUCGGUCCCAUAGGACUUACCAAAAUUUCCAUCUUACUGUGAGUAUAUGCACGCGUUAUACCACUCGACUGGUUCACGUCGGAGCCAACGUCUUGUUGCAUUAGUAAUCUCACCGUCAUUCAUGCACGGAUUCCAGUGCAGUGCAUCCUUCUUUGGGCCAAAGUGAUGGAAGUCAGAAACUGUGAGAUCCGGGCUGUAGGGAAGAUGAGGAAAAACAGCCCAAUGAAGCUUUGUAAACUCCUCUCAGGUGCACAGCCUUGUAUGAGGCCUUGCGCUGUCAUCGAGAAGCAGAAUUUAGUUUGCAUUUUUGUGAUGAUGAACACGCUGAAGUCGUUUCUUCAAGUCAACAGCCGGCCGACACGCGGGAGAUCGGAUGGGUUUGCGCUACCUUUUGCGAUGAUGACAGACGCAUUGCCCUGCGACUCACUGUGCUUUUGUCCACUGCCAGGUCUCCAUAGACAUUCUGUAUGCGCCUACCGAUAUCUGCGAUACUGUGGUUUUACUCCAAAAGAAACUAAAUGAAAGCUUUUGCUUCGAAUGUACAUCCAUUGCAACAGCUACUCUGAGGAGAAAGUAUAGUGCUGCCACCUAUCGGAGUUUCAUGUAACUAUAUUGGCUGAAGCUGGAAUAUUCCACGAUGUUCCAAAACAAACUCCGCAUUUUUUCUAUCGAAACUGGCCGAGAAAAAAGUGUGUUGCGUCGAUAAUUGAAAGCCCCUGGUAGCCUUCCCAGCGACAGAAAAUGGCGGAGGUCCUUCUUCAACCAAACGCCCUUGCAAAGCCUGUGUUAAGCCUCAGCUUACGGAUAUUUUAGAUUCCAUAGCGUAGGAAGGCAAUGAUAUAUCCAGUGAAGGGCAGGGUAAGGCAGUUGCACUCCAGCCCCUCUCCCAUCCCCUUCCUAAGAAUCGACACUAACUAGUUCCUACAGCAGUUUGUUGUCAAACUUCAAAACUAUUUCGUCAGUCACAUGAGUAGCUCCCUCCAUGACUAGCUCCAGUCCUGCGUUCACUCUAAAUGGAUGACGGCGAGAAGUCCCUCUUCACCCCAUUUCACUUGUACAGUCAUUAUUAAGCCUGAACUUCCGGAUCUUGUAGGGUCCCUAGUGAUGAAAUAUGGUGUGGAGUCCCUCCCUACCCCAUCACCCUUGUAAAGCAAUCUCCAGCGUGAAUUUCCGUAAUUGUAAAUUCCAAAAUGAUAGUUGACUGUGGGUAGUUACUCCACACUUGAAUGAGCGUGCAUUAAGUUCGAAUAUCAAGUGUUGGACGAUGCUGAGGACUCACUCCUCAUUCCAUUAUCUUUGUGAAUGCUGUGUUAGGACAGUUCUGUAGAUUCUGUAGCUAUGGAAGAUAGUGGGAAGUUACUCUUAGUCUAACUGCCAUUGUAAACACUGUGUUAAACCCAAUCUCGGGAUUUCAUAGGAUUUCAUAGGUUCCAUGGCUGUGGAAGACGGGGGGGGGGGGGGGGGGGGGGAAUCACUCCUCACUUCUUCUUCACCAUUAUAAAAUCGCUGUUCAGUCUGAAUUUCGGGAUCCUGUAGCUUGCAUAAUGAUGGCAAUGAUAGAUAACUCUGCCACCAAGACUUUCAUUGCAGAAAAUAAAUACUACCUAUUCUCUUUCUAUUUCUAUAUCCAAACAACUGUAUUUAUUGUGUUCCAAUAAAACUGCUAUCAUUUUUGGAUCCAUGACACUGCACCUGUUUUUUCUGUAUUCGUAUACCUGAAGAUGGAUCCUUGUGAUUUCGAUGUCGGUAGUCUUUUUAUUGGAAUACGAAAGAGACAAAUUUGGAUUUGGAAUUAGAAAGAGAAUAAAUAGUUGUUUAAGUUAUUUCAUAUUUGUAACUACUACCUUCAAUAGUUAUUCAUCAAUUACAGACACGGUGACUACACAGAAAUGAAAAAUAAAUAGCAUUUCUUUUCCGAUGUGGAGUGAAUUUAAGGACGAAUGUGUCUACUAUCAUCCAGACUGCAGGAUGAUAAUAAAUCAGGUGUGAGAACUCGCCAUUAAGUACGCAAUGUGAUGUUAUCCAGUUUUAGGAAGCAUAUAAGAUGGCGGAUGAUACUCGUUAAACAAUAAUAAUCUCGUAGCUGUGCUCCAAAUUGAGUUUAUCAGCAAUCUGUUGGUCUCAAGGUUUAUAUUUGCAGACAUCAGGAGCUGCUCUUUUUUUUCAGAAGUCUUUGUGCUAUGUUUUCUCGUUUCUUCCUUCUUUUACUUUUUACAUCCGAGGUAGCAAAAUUCAUCUACUUUUUCAUCAGUCUUCUGUCAUAGUCUUACAUUUUGCCUUACGGCAUGUCCAUUCGAUGUGUAAACAAUUGAAUUACCUUUCUUUGUGUGUAUUACAGCCAUUCGAUUGCACGAAUUCCAUUUCAUUACGCUCCCGAAUCAAAUAAGAGUCGGUUUCGGCGACCACUGCUAUCUCGUCAGCGAACCAAAUCAUACUGAUUUUCUAUCAGUGGGAAACAACUAUCACAUGAAAGAAGUUGUUUAUUUUCUUCAUUACCCCUUCAACAUAUAUAAUAAAUAUCAGUAAUGACGAUCACUAACACUGAGGUUUAUACCUCGCUUGGUUUUCGUUUCUUGAACUAUUCCAUCAAUAAUGACUACUCCAGUUUGCCUCACAUAAAGAGAUGGAUUCUCGUUGUAUCUCCAGAAUUGCUAUCACACUGCCUGGUAAUGGAAAACGUUUUAUUGUAUUUCACUUUAUCAAAAUCCUCUAAAUCUAUGCAUGCGACGUAUGUUUCACUGUUUUUCCUAGCUAUGCUUCUUAACUCCCCUAUAUCUCCUAAAAUCCUUCCAUUGUUCCCUAGUUUGGUAUACAUUUUAAAUCCCUAAGAAAAUUUUACACAGAGAAAAGAUUUUCUGGAACUGGCAACAUGUGAAUGACCAGCACCUAUAGCGUCAUCCACAAGUAACUGCGAAAAUUAUUAUUUAUUAUAGUCAGCACAAGACUGCGCCGUCUCUAAUGACCGUAACUGUGCUCUCCAUCAUUUCCACUGUGCAUUUUCCCCGACUUGACCACUCCUUCAAAUGUACACAAGCUUCCUCAGACCCAUUUGAUACACCAGUUACAUUAAGUAAUUGUCUUUUAAGAAACAUGCUGUGUUUUUAUGAUGGGUUAUCGUAGUGUUGAGAAUAACAUCUUUAUAUGGAUCAUAUGCUCACUUUGGAUAGUCAGUUGUGUCUGUUUAAUGGAUUAUCAUGCAACCAGAAAGAGCUACAUUUAAAGUCAUCUCUGUUAAUUUUAUUUGUCGAUGGACAUAGUGGUAGCAGCUGAUGAGGUUCGGUGGUUUAGUUAGUUGAAAAAACAGCUUGAUAAUGUAUAUUUGUAUCUACUUUAAUAAUAGUCUUCCUUUCUGAAGUAUUUGACAUAGAAUUAUGGGAGGUUUUGCUAAUAAUUAUUAUUAAAGUGCAGUAGUUUCCACAUUUGCUUAUUUUCAUCAGUCUUGUUUGAUGAAAAGAGCAGUGCCAACAAAAAGAGAUUUAUUAAUAUAUCAAAUUGUCGACCAGUAGAAAGUCGAACUGAUGCUUUUCCCCCAGUAUUAAAAGCUACCAGUGGUCCUAAUUUGUUUUGCUGUCUAUCAGACUAAGGUAGAAUGGAACACACUAGAGUUUGAAGAAGAAGUACAAACUAAUUUUCCUCAGUUCUUGUGCAUAUAUACUUUAGUGCUGCACGAUUCAGUACAGUCAAGAUUUGGGCAACACAGAUGGAACGCGACCACCUCAUUGUGGGAACCAAGACACCAAAUAAUUUCAGCAAGGAGCAUCUUUCCUUUUUCAUAGACUCUCACUUAUAGCUAAACGUGAACUCUGAAACUAUAGCAAAAAACCUGUUGAAGACUUUUUGAAAUACUUUUUUGCAACACGCCGAAUUCCUGACAAUCAGUUCAGAAUUGUGACGGGCCAGUGACAGAUGCCAUGGUAGUUGAGGUGAUGAAACUCUAAAACGGCAUCUACUGUGUGGCCUAAAUAGGCAUUGUAUCAGCUCCCUUCAUUCCACAUAUUGAUAUUUAUUCUUAAAUAAUUUGAGUUAGUCAUAUAAUUUAUUUUAACUCAUUACUUUCAUUCAAGCUUUAGAACCAAAGUUGUUAUUAAUUUUAAAAUUAUAUAUACAUAUUGUUGUGUUUAAUAUAAAUAUAUUUAAAUUUCUUAUUUUCCUUUCUGAAUAGUCGAGUUUUAGUGUUCUUUAUGUCCAUAGUACGAAUGCUGGAACAAAAUGCUGACCAAAAGUUAAAGAACAAAGCUGUUUGUGUAAAUAAGUAAUUACCUAGUAACAUAUGUUUCAUUCACGUGGCAGUUGUAUAGCCACAGCGGUUAUGUGCAUGUGCAUUGGUAAGUGUAUUCACUUCCCACAAUGAGCACAUCUCACCUCAUAGUUACCAUAGGUUUAAAACACUGUUUUCAAAACAUUAUUUCAUAAAUACAGUCACAAUCUGCAUAUAACUUUCAUUGUGAACAUCAUAGAUGUGUUGUAGAAUACAGCUUUGUAUUCGAUAAACUGGUCAUGGUUUUAUUCAAAGUAGACAGCUACUGUGUUUGUGACUCUAAAUGAAAUAAAUGGUGACCACUGAUGUUUAUGAUUGUCGUAUGGUCAGUUGUAAAUUAUGAUUACUGAACUACUUUGAUCUUUUUUUUUGGGUGCUACAAUGUAAGCAGUACGUUUUUCUAUAAUGUAUGUAUCUGAACAUUGUGAAACUCUAGUCGCAAUUGUAGCCUAGUAUUUUUCUUCCAGUGCUUAGACGUACACAGACAGUAGAAUUUUACUAAGCAGGAAAAAAUUAUAUUUUUUCUGUGAUAUUGAAAUGCAUCUCUAUUUUUAAAAAAAUAUUGAUAUUUCUUAGAACAAUAUAAUUUGCGUUGGAAUAACAUGUUUAGUUUUAUUAUUUUAAGUUUUACUUUUCUGUAAAUAUGUGUACAAUAAAGAAACUUGGUAUUUGUAAGCUU